AUUUUUUGCCCAUCCCUAGGGAAAUAACCUCGUCUCUACUGUGUUCAAACUUCAAUUCCAUCUUCCAUUAAAAUUUGUUAUUUGUUUCCAGGGUAAUAUUAUUAAUACAAUAAAAAGUGAAAUAAGAUGGCUGCAGUAGCAGCAGCGAAAAUCGCAGAAGUGCGUGAAACAACUCGUGUUGAACGUAUUGGAGCCCAUUCUCAUAUUCGAGGACUAGGAUUAAAUGAUAGUCUUGAAGCUAGAAAUGUUUCUCAAGGUAUGGUUGGACAACUCACAGCUAGAAAGGCUGCUGGUAUUGUCCUACAAAUGGUUCGAGAUGGAAGAAUUGCCGGAAGGGCAGUUUUACUCGCUGGACAACCUGGAACAGGAAAAACUGCCAUAGCUACAGCUUUGGCUGCAUCUCUUGGACAUGAUACCCCAUUCACAAGUAUGGCAGGAUCUGAAAUUUAUUCUUUAGAAAUGAGUAAAACUGAAGCUCUCACACAAGCAAUAAGGAAGAGUAUUGGAGUACGAAUAAAAGAAGAAAGUGAAAUCAUAGAAGGAGAAGUGGUUGAAAUUCAAGUAGAUCGGCCAGCUACUGGAGUGGGAUCAAAAGUAGGAAAACUUAUUUUGAAAACAACAGACAUGGAAACAAUAUAUGAUUUAGGUGGAAAAAUGAUAGACAGUAUAUUAAAAGAGAAAGUACAGUCCGGAGAUGUUAUAACUAUUGACAAAGCCACUGGUAAAAUCACUCGUCUUGGCCGUUCUUUUGCUAGAGCCAGAGAUUACGAUGCUACAGGUCAUCAAACCAGAUUUGUUCAGUGUCCAGAAGGAGAAUUACAGAAGAGGAAAGAAGUAGUACAUACAGUAACUUUACAUGAAAUUGAUGUUAUUAACAGUAGAACCCACGGGUUUUUGGCCCUGUUUGCAGGAGAUACUGGUGAAAUCAAACCAGAAGUUAGAGAGCAGAUUAAUGGAAAGGUAGCAGAAUGGAGAGAAGAAGGGAAAGCCGAGAUAAUCCCAGGUGUUCUUUUCAUAGACGAAGUUCACAUGUUGGACAUUGAAUGUUUCUCCUUCUUGAAUCGUGCGUUGGAAAAUGAAAUGGCACCAAUAGUCAUCAUGGCUACCAACAGAGGAAUAACAAAAAUCAGGGGUACCAAUUAUAAGUCUCCACAUGGAAUUCCCUUAGAUCUUUUGGACAGGAUGAUUAUUGUGCCUACUAAGCCUUAUGAAGAAAAGGAAUUAAGGGAGAUUUUGAGCAUACGCUGCGAGGAAGAAGAUUGUCAGAUGACAGACAAUGCAUUAACUGUUCUCACUCGCAUUGCUAAGGAGACUUCCUUACGUUAUGGUAUGCAGCUUAUAAUGACAUCCCAUUUGAUCGCAAAAAGAAGAAAGGCUCCUGAGGUUGAUGUUGAUGACAUCAAAAGAGCCUAUACCUUAUUUUUUGAUGAUGGAAGGUCAGUACAGUUCUUGAGAGAAUACCAACAGGAAUUUUUGUACAGUGCUGAUGACGAUUCACAAAUGGAAAUUGAGGAAUCUGAUCAGUAAUGUUAAACAAUUAUUUGAGAACAAGUUUUCCCUCAUAUUAAUUACUUUUUUUGUAAAACAGGCAUUUAUGUGUAAUCUCAAUUCAAAAUAAAUUUCUUAUAAAUUGAAA